AUGGUGGAUGCCACCACAGUCGUCGAACGGGAGCAAUGGUCCUCUUGGGCCGAUUUCAUCAUGAGCUGUAUCGGCUACGCGAUCGGACUCGGCAACGUGUGGCGUUUCCCAUAUUUGUGCUAUCAGAAUGGCGGAGGCGCUUUCCUCAUUCCAUAUUGCAUUUCAUUGGUCUUCUGCGGUGCGCCGCUUUUCAUUUUGGAAACAUCAUGGGGACAGCUUCUGUCGGUUGGAGGACUCGGCAUGUUCAAGAUUUGUCCAAUCUUCAAAGGCGUUGGAAUUGCUGCCGCUGUAAUGGCUUUCUGGCUUAACAUUUACUACAUCGUCGUCCUCAGCUGGGCUGCAACCUAUCUGUACAACUCGAUUCGUCUUGAUGACAAUGUUCCAUGGCGCAACUGUGACCAUCCAUGGAACACCCCUCGCUGCCGGUCUGAAUACGAGAAAAUCCCGUGCGAUAGCAAUCGGACAAUCGCUGAGUUCUUCAAUGUUAAGGUUCUGACCGCUGAGCAUCUACUCGAAUACAAAAAACAAUUUUUCGUUGGUGCCAAAGCGAAUUUCACGGUUUGCAGUGCUGCUGAUCUGUCGGUUGUGUCUCCUGUCAAAGAGUUUUGGAAUCAUCGCGUUCUUGGUAUCUCUGCCGGACUCGAUCAUCCCGGAGGUCUUCGAUGGGAUCUCGCGUUUUUCUUGCUACUCGUCUGGAUUGUCUGCUACCUUUGCAUCUUCAAAGGAGUCAAAUGGACAGGAAAGGUCGUCUACCUCACCGCUUCGUUCCCAUAUAUCAUGCUGUUCUGUCUCUUGAUCCGCGGACUCACCCUACCAGGCGCAGGAGUUGGACUCGAGUUCUAUCUGAAACCCGAUUUUUCGAAACUGCUAGAAUCAAAAGUUUGGGUCGAUGCUGUAACUCAAGUGUUUUUCUCAUACGGUCUCGGAUUAGGAGCUCUCGUUGCAUUGGGAAGCUACAACAAAUUCAAUAAUAAUGUCUACAAGCAAGCACUUACUGUCUGCUUUGUAAAUAGUGGAACAUCGGUGUUCGCCGGUUUCGUUAUUUUCUCAUUCAUCGGAUUCAUGGCAACUCAACAAGAAAAAUCGGUGGCCGAAGUUGCUCAAGCUGGACCAGGUCUCUUGUUUUUGGCCUAUCCUUCUGGAAUCCUACAACUUCCAUACACCCAAUUUUGGUCGUGCCUUUUCUUUUUGAUGGUAUUGUUCCUAGGAGUGGAUUCACAGUUUUGCACAAUGGAAGGCUUCUUCACCGCGAUUAUUGAUGAGCUUCCGCAUUUAAUUCGUGGUCGAAAAUACGGACGAGAGAUUUUUGUCGGAAUUAUUUGUUUCAUUUCUUACAUUGUCGGUCUUACCACUGUCACCGAAGGAGGAUUCUAUGUGUUCCAAUUGUUCGAUUUUUACGCCGCCUCAGGAUGGGCUCUUCUUUGGCUCUUGUUCUUCGAAUGUAUUGCCAUUUCUUGGAGUUUAGGAAUUGAUCGUUGGUAUGAGCACAUGAAAAGCAUGAUUGGAUACUACCCGAGCAGAUGGUGGAAAUUCUGCUGGGUGUUCGCAACACCAUCGGUUUGCUUUGGAGUCCUUCUGUUCGGUCUCAUUAAGUACCAACCUCUGCGUAUCGAUGCCUAUGAUUACGACUAUCCCUUCUGGGGUCAUGUCUUCGGAUGGUUCUUGUCGCUUUCUUCAAUGCUUUGCAUCCCUGGAUACGCAAUCUAUCUCUGGAUCGUAACACCUGGAACAUUCCAGGAAAAAGUGAAACUCCUCUGUCGGCCUGACAUUGAGAUUCCAGGAGUAUCUGAGAACAUUGAGCUUGUCGAUGAUUGCCAUAAUAUUUAG